AGAGAGCUAGCUAGCCAGUAGCCACUGCUAGAAAUUAAGGUUGUGUUUUAUCUCUCUCCAACUGACGCGAUCGCUUCGGGAGCGAAUGAGAGAGCGUUUAGACUUUCAGCCAUCAAUUCAUAACCAUCUUUCUUUCUUGUGCAACUGUUUCUCGUCGGUCGUGCUCUAGGAUCUAGUGUGAACGCAGGAUGGACGCCAUUCGUGCGAGAUAAAUUCAGGUAUCGCUCGCGUAGCGACAGUGCGUGCGAACAGUGGCGGGCGUGUAUGCUAUAUGUGUGAGUGGUGCGUUCUUGUGGCCUCGGUGCAGUGUGGAGUGACGGGCUGACGGCUGCUGGACCGGCGAGGCUGUGCAGAGCGCGCGGGAGGCAUGGCGGACGCGAGCUGAUCCCGCGGGUGCAGUGCUCGCUCGCGCUCCGCGGAGGGUUUAUGGGUAUAUGUGUGAGCUGCCGGCGCCGUGAGCGAAAGGCUCCGGAGAAGCGUUGGGGCGCGGCAGGCUCCGCGAAGGGCGCGGCGGCAGAGUUGCUACCGCGGUGCAUCAACCUGCGAGCCAUGGCAAACUCUAUCUCCAAUAUCAAAAUGACAAACCCUAUCAAAAACAUGGUGAGCAGGCGCCGAAAACGAUACGUGAAAGACGGCUUCAACUUGGACUUAGCAUAUAUAACGGAUCGGUUAAUAGCAAUGGGGUUUCCCGCGGAGAAGCUUGAGGGCGUGUACAGGAACCACAUAGACGAGGUGUAUCGAUUCUUGGAGCAGAUGCACAAGGACCACUACAAGAUAUACAACCUGUGCUCCGAGCGCUCGUACGACGUGACGAAGUUUCAUCAGAGGGUGGUAAGGUACGCGUUCGAAGACCACACGCCGCCGAACAUCGAGCUGAUACAGCCGUUCUGCGAGGAUGUCCACUCUUGGCUCAACGCCGACUCGAGGAACGUAGCAGCAGUGCACUGCAAGGCGGGCAAGGGGAGGACAGGCACAAUGGUAUGCUGUUACUUAUUGUACAGCGGGCAGAAGGCGACGGCCGACGAGGCGCUCAAAUUCUACGGCACUAAGAGGACACACGACGAGAAAGGCGUAACGAUCCCGUCGCAGCGGCGCUACGUGGAGUACUUCGCGGCGCUGGUGCGCUCCGGGCUGCGCUACAGCGCCAGCAAGGUGCACAUCCGCGAGGUGCUCAUGUCGCCGCCGCCCGCGCUCACCGCGCACUGCACGCUCGAGAUCACCGUGGCGCAGGCCGAGCCCAGCUUCAAGACGAUGCUGGGCGCGCACGAGGCGCGGCGCGGCGGGCGCGCGGUGCGCGUGAGCCCGCAGUCGUGCACGCCGCUGUGCGGGGACGUGCGCCUCGACGUGUACGCCAAGCAGAAGAUGAUGAUGCGCAAGGAGCGCCUCUUCCACCUCUGGUUCAACACGUUUUUCGUCACCGCCUGUGUGGGGUCGCAGCCGGUGCCGUCACCGCACGACAGUCCAAAUCUAGAAACGUUCAAGCUAACGCUAAACAAAUGGGAGCUGGAUGACGCGCACAAGGAUAAGCAGCAUAAAUUGUACAGUGCAGAUUUUAAGGUGGAGAUAAUAAUUCAGAAGCAGCCGGAGAGCUCCAAGUUCAGCGGGCACUGCUCGCGGCCCUCCUCGCCGCCCUCCUCCACCGCCUCCUCCUGCUCCGAGCCCGACACCGAGCCCGACGCGCACUGGGACUCCGGCGCGGCGUGCGAGCGCGUGGGCCGCUACCGGCCGCUGUCGCCGCUCUGCGACACAAACACGUGAAUCUACGUACUUGUGAGGGUGGCACCUUGGCUCAGUUAACCCCUCCUUUACUAAACGACAAUGAACUCUAACACGGUGCGGUAAAGACCAUUUUUCUAGUGACGUUGAAAAACAUUUAGUGUUCUAUGUGUGUCUAUGUGUAGAUAUGUGGUAUUUGCCAUUAUGCGGGUUGUGCCAUGCCCCGAACUGAUGUGAUAAAGCUGAGUAAUUUUAAGCACUGUUUCAGCAUGAUAAUGUUACGCGAACGAUUAGUUUUGUGGAUCAUUUGAUAAAUAAUUGCUGUCUCUGUUCUUCUCUCUUUUACGAAUGUUUGUUGUAAUUAGGUCUGUAUAUGGGCUAUAUUCCUUUGCCAUUUUUGACAACGUUCUUUUUUAUUAAAAAAAAAAAACACAUUCCGUCAUUGAAAUAUCAUUGGGGCGGUUAUUUAAAAAGUGAUCUGUAUUGAACUAAUCGGGAUGCAUGUCAAACAUGUGGCCACGCGCUCGUGUGUGUGACUACGUGAUCGUGUGUUUGACCACCAAAUUGGAUGUGUGACCACGUGAUCGCAUGUUACAUUCAUUGAGAUUAGGAAAUACAAAAUUUAACUUAUCAUUUUGUUAAAUUUCAUUAACUUUUCUUUGGCAUUUGUUUAAUUAGUUUUGUAUUCAGUGUGGAUUUUUAGUAUUAUUUUAAAUUCGUGAAACAGUUUAUUUCUACAUCAUCCUGUCCUUAAUUGUUUUGUAUCACACGGUCACACACGAUCACACGGUCACGUGUGCGAUCACGCCGUCACGGGCGCGACCGCGUGGCCAAAGUGUCACGAUGAACGCGUAUUCUUUCCUUACGACUGAUAAGUACAGAGUGGUUUUCUAAUUUUCUAUUUCCCUUGAGUUCCCUGGGAGUCUCAUUUGAGUUGAUGUUUACCUGCAUUUCGAGCAAAUCGACACAUUUUUUUAUAAAUAUAUGAAUUAAAUAAUUAUGGUCCAAUGCCAUAAAAUUUAUAACUACAAACAGCGGUUCCAAUGAUUUAAAAUUCCAUAAAAUAUGAAAACUUGAAUGAUAAUUGUAAAUGAUCCAACUUUAUUAAAAACCAAGUAACGAUAUCUAUCUCAAUUGCACACAAAUACUGGAGCGAAAAGAUAGCUUCCAUUUCGCAUCUUUCUCGCUCUAACGAAAGAUGGUUCUGAAUGUCAGAAAGGGAUGGCAGCAAGUGCAAAGUGUAUGCCAAGGCUUAGGUAUUCAAAAAAAUAUAUUUGCCACAAAAAUAUCAGAGGUAGAUUCAAAAUCACAAUUGGGACUGCAGUUUUAUUCCAAUACAUUAUUAAAUCAAUUAAAUGAAAAUAAUUAUUAUGAUUACUUAAAUAAAUAUGACGGUAUGAGAAAAAAUUUAAUCGCAUGUUUGAGUACAAAAACUUUUUAAAUAAAUUAUAAUAAUUAGCGAAAGUAAUUAGUUCUGUUUUUAAUUUUUUUUUAUAUAUUUCGAUUCGAAAUUCUUUGUUUCCUCAUUAACUUAGAUUUUUAGAUAAAUCUUUUAUAUUUUAUUAAUAAUUUUAUUGAAAUAUUAUGCCGUGAAGGUAAGGCAGAUUUCCCCACCAUACGGAUCCCUAGUGUACUAUGAAUACUUUAAAAUAAUUAUGUUUCUCGAGCAAUAAUGAUAUCACCAUUUCAGUACAACUGUAGAAAUAUUAUUUUGAAUUAAUUUAACAUAAAAACAUGAUCUUUUGUUUUCAGUGUAAAUUCCUUAAUUCCCAUACGUUUCAAAAUCUUUAAAAACAAUGUUUUUUUUUCACAUCUUUUUAAAUAAUAUACUUAAUCGGUAUUCAGUAUUCAUGGUACACAAACAGGGGUCUCAUUGACUUAGUCUCGUAAAGGACAGUAGAUUUUUCGUUUAGGUUCAAAGAUCUCAGUAACUGCCAUCGAAUUUAGGCAAUCGUUGGCCAUUGUGUAAUUUGAAUCGAUAUUCUAUAUAUUUUUUAUAUAUACAGAUUAAAAAUAUGUCUCUACUAAGUCGUGGUAUAUAAAAUUUCACAAAACUCACAUCGGCUUUUUUAUUAUUAAUUCAAAUUUCACAAUGGCCACAUUUAUUGAUUAACAAAAGGAACUUUAGGUGGCUUAGUUUCUAUAUUUCUACAAAUCAAUUUUUUAUACUUAUCACCCUUUAAAAUUAAUCAAAUUAUCGCAUUAGAUACUAACGUGUCUAUUUAAAUAUCAAUUGCUGGUUUAAACAAUAAAAACUAUGAAACAGAGCUUGCAAGGAGUAUAUUUAAGUUUGAUUAAAGGCAAAUAAAGAUGCAUUAUAAUGCUUUAAGAAAAUCUUAAAUUAACUUACUUACUUAUCUUAAUAUCGUGGCAUUUGGACUAAGGGACGAUAUGAAAGGUCCUAUGUUUACUACGAAACACUUAAAUGACAAUAAAGUGAAGAUUUCAUUACGUUAAUGUGCUUUACUUUAAGAAAAUCUCAUUGCUUUAGAACCAUUGAAUUAACGAACAAAUACAACCAAUUCAUAAUAAUUUAGGUUUCUUUUGCGGUAUUGAAGUGCUUGUAUAAAAAUAUCACUUAAGAUUAAGGUCAACUACACUUUGUACCUUUUAAAGUCUUAAGUUUCAAUUUUAUCUGAAUAUCAAUUGUCUUAAAUGAACUCGUUGCAAGCUCUCAAUACUUAAAUGUUCUAAAUUAACAUAAUGCCUUUUUAUUGUUGACCCGACUAUUCACCUGUUUGGUUUUCGGAAACAAUGCUAGGAACUAGGUGGCGAUUGUUCAUUUCCUGGCUUCUUCCUUAUCUGUGCCAUAGACUGUUCUGUCUAUGGCUUUUUCUUUUUUAUCUGUGGAUUCCAUAUCGUUCCCGCGGUUUUUUAAAAAUCUCGAGAAUCGUAUGCGACGUCCGUACCUCUCGCGUUGGAGCUAUUCUAAGUUUUACUAUUUAUAUUAACACGUUGACAUACAUACCAAAUGGUAUUUUAUUUUGUAUAUGGUGUAAUUCUUUUAUAAUUUUAUACUUGUGUGCCGUGUGGAAUAUGUUUGAUGGAGAUUUAUUCAGAGGCUACGUCGUACCUCGGCUUAAGUUAAACCUUUGUUCCUAGCAUAUAUAGAUAUUAUAAUUUCUGAAAGUUUGAGAGCCAAAAUUGAAUGUUUCGUUACAGCUAGGGAUAUAAAGAUUUAACUGAUCUUGCAUGUUAUUUGUUUUGCAAAUCUGUUCGUUAUUUGAAGCCUUAAUUUUCCUAAGUCGUGAAUUUUCGUCAAAUAAACUACAUAUAUAACUGUUUGAUAUUGAAUACAAACAAAAUGUUGGAAAAAAAAAAAUCUAUUUCGGCCUUAUAAAAGAAACGUGAAAUGGGUGAACAUUGCGGAAAUGAAUGUGCGUGUAAAAUAAUUUCGGAUAAAUACAAGUUUAUAUGAAAUCUUGCCUACUCUUUCGGUAAGCACCUGUUGUGGCAAUCAUUGUAUUAUGAAAGAAUGUAACGCAUCAUUCACCCGACACCCGCUUAACCGAAGGCGUGAAUAUUUCUAUCGCACGCCAUUGUGCGCGUGCGACAGAGACAGCGACCGCACAACUCCAAUGGAGUUGCAAUUUUUGAAAAAUGGCAGGCCCAUGUGUGUAGCCGUUCUUGUUUCUAUGACGUUUAGGAUUGCGUAAGAUGGAUUUAUCCGGGAUAGAUAACGUAUAUGCCUUAAAAGUGACCUAUUGUGUUUGUGUUUUAUUUCAUAGGUUAUUUUAGGUUCAAAAAAAAAAUUGUCUUGAUUCGAUCGCGUUCGAAAUUUGACAUUUGGACAAUGAGUUAAAAUUUGUAUGUUGGUAUGCUGAGUCGUCUCUUUGGAGUGCGGUUAGCGGUAAGUUAGACAAUAAGGUAGGUAGGUUAGGAACGUCAUAGAACCAUCUGAACAUGGAUUGCAGUGUUGCUAUGUUAUAGGGGCGAACGACUAAUGUACUUUCAAAAUUAUAAAUUGAUUUAUAUUGAUUAGUAUUAUCAUCACAAAAAAUGUAUGGAAGAAAUUGUUAUUUGUAAUGGUUCGCCCCUUCGGGAUAAGUUAUAUUAAGAUUGUUUGGGCUCGUGCUGUCCCAUUCACGAAUGCUUCCAGUAUGAAAAAAAAUAUAUUUUUUAGGUUUCAUGAAUUUGUAACAAUAUUUCUGAUUAAUUAGUUUUUAAUUUAAUUUUUAAAACGCUUUUCACAUGAACCCGCGCGCCAUUUUGUUUUCGAAUCAUUUGUAAAUAUAGAAUAAAUCCAAAUUACAUCGCGCCGGAGUGAUUUGUCGAAUAUUUUUUUUAAUAUAAAAAAAAAAAUCAGCGAAUUUGAAUCUAUUUGGCGUCCGUAUUUUUACGCGUUUAUCAAGUACAAAUUUAGGUGUUUUAAGUUUGAUUCGUACUAAGGUUAUUUCUGUAUGAGUUUUUUUUACGGCCACCUUUAGUUGAAUCCCCAUUCCACUUAAAUUUGGUUCGCUCCUUCCCCCUUUUCCUUCAUCAAAGGUUUAGCUUUAAAGAUUGUUGUUUGCCUUAUAAGAAAAAUGUGAUCUUAUGACGAUUAUACUAGAAGGGUGUCGCAGUGGACGCGAUCGCACCUUUUUGCUGGUCAGUGUUCACUCAUUUGUGUGUGUUGAGUUUUGCGUCUCUGCAUUUGACGAAGCAUUUCUACUCCAGCAACAAAGCAUAAUUAUCGGUUGUUUAACACGACAUUUGCACACGUUUCAUGAUAUAAAAUGUGUGUAAAAGUAGUGUAAAACAACUGCUUUUGCUUCACUUCAACACUUAAGGCUUCGGAAUGCUAUCGUCAAGUGAAGAGCCUGAUAUGAACGCCACGUGUUUGGUUUAGAUCCGCGCAAAUGGCGGGCGGUCGCGUCACUGAAUGAAAGAAUAUGCCUUGUAUAAUGAUAACAAAAUGAAUUAUGUAAUGUAAGACUUGACAAUGGGCCGUGUUACUGUAGCAUCAGUGGAGUGUCAAUUGGAUACAGUUGUCGCGAAGUGAGCGCUGCCUGUGGACAUUUUUAAACGAAUUUUCAUAGUUUUUGGCGUGUUUUUAACGAUUAAAGUAAGAAGUGAAAUAACGUAAGCGCAACAAGGUUUUUAUCAGCAAAUUGAUUUCAUUAGGUGGUAAGGACUGUCUCCUCUGACAAUAUUGGCUUGUAUACUUUUGUAAACUUUUAAAGUUAGCGUUUCGUAACUGUUUACAUAUUUCUAGCGGUCUAACCACGGGCAAGGCUCACUCGCGACGUUUAAUUUUUUAUGAAUCGUAAGAAGUUCUUAGUUCCACAAUAAUUAAAAUAAUAAAAGAAUAUGUAAAUUUUUCUUAUCUUAGUAAGUAAAAGAUCUCAUAUAUCAUAUUUUUUGUUUUGUCUUUUUUAUAUUUUGAUGAACUUCAGAAUAGUCGAGUUGAUUUAAAGACAACCUAUGUAAAAUAAAAUAUAUUGAUGUAUAUAA